AUGCGUAAGAGCAAGGUCAGCUCCGCGGAAGGGGCCGCCAAGGAAGAGCCCAAGAGGAGAUCGGCGCGGUUGUCUGCUAAACCUGCUCCUGCAAAAGUGGAAGCAAAGCCGAAAAAGGCAGCAGCAAAGGAUAAAUCUUCAGACAAACAAGUGCAAACAAAAGGGAAAAGGGGAGCAAAGGGAAAACAGGCCGAAGUGGCUAACCAAGAAACUAAAGAACAUUUACCUGCAGUAAACAGGGAAAAGAAAACUGAGGAGAGUCCAGCCUCUGAUGAGGCAGGAGAGAAAGAAGCCAAGUCUGAAUAAUACCACACAUCAUACAUUAUCAGUGGUCCCUGUCUCCCUUCUUGUACAAUCCAGAGGAAUAUUUUUAUCAACUAUUUUGUAAAUGCAAGUUUUUUAGUAGC